CCUCCUCUUGUUCAGCACCCAAAGUCGAAGGAUAGCUUUGGCUUUCAAUUGAAGAAAGUGCUAGAUUUUGUCAGUGUUGUAUAAUAUAACACAAUUCUCCGUGUCCGUAUCUGCUUAGGAACGGUCGGAAUUAGUCUUCAUUUUUAUGUGAGACAGAAACGGGCGUCAAACAUGCGUAAAAAUCAACGCUGUCCAAGCAGGGAACCACCGAGAGAGGAAUUAUCGCCGCUCAUCUGAGGCCAAAUCUCGAUUAUUAUUUUUGUGUCAAAUAAGGAAACAUAACACAGCUAAGCUAGCUAACGUUAGCUCCGUAGAUAGCUAGGUUACCGACACACAUCUUCACACAAAAAGCAGAAUCCAGCAGAUAAUCAAGAUUGGAUCAACAUUCGCGACAGCAGGAAAACCUAUAGGCAGCAAUGGGUGCAUUCCUGGACAAGCCGAAGACGGAGAAGCAUAGUGCCCACGGUGAGGGCAACGGGCUGCGCUAUGGCCUGAGCUCCAUGCAGGGCUGGCGGGUGGAGAUGGAGGACGCCCACACAGCUGUGGUGGGCCUCCCCCACGGACUCACCGACUGGUCCUUCUUUGCCGUCUACGAUGGCCACGCGGGCUCCCGGGUGGCCAACUACUGCUCCGGCCACUUGCUGGAACACAUCCUCUCAGGCGGGGCCGACUUCAGUUCAGGAUCCGGCUCCGUAGAGGGCGUGAAGGACGGCAUCCGCUCGGGCUUUCUGAACAUUGACGAGUACAUGCGCAGCUUCUCUGACCUGCGGCAGGGCCUGGACCGCAGCGGGUCGACGGCCGUGUGCGUGCUGCUCAGCCCGAGCCACCUCUACUUCAUUAACUGCGGCGACUCGCGGGCCGUGCUGAGUCGAGACACCAAGGUGGGCUUCUCCACCCAGGACCACAAGCCCUGCAACCCCCGCGAAAAGGAGCGCAUCCAGAACGCUGGCGGCUCGGUCAUGAUCCAGAGGGUAAACGGCUCCCUGGCUGUGUCCCGGGCCCUGGGGGACUACGACUACAAAUGUGUGGAUGGUAAGGGCCCCACGGAGCAGCUGGUGAGCCCCGAGCCCGAGGUGUGCGUGUUGGAGCGGGCGGCCGAAGGAGACGAGUUCGUGAUGCUGGCGUGCGAUGGGAUCUGGGACGUCAUGUCCAACGAGGAGCUGUGCGAGUUCGUCCGCUCUCGGCUCCUGGUGUGUGAUGACCUGGAGAAGGUCUGUAACUCGGUGGUGGACACCUGUCUGCAUAAGGGGAGCAGGGACAACAUGAGUGUGGUGUUGGUGUGUUUACCCGGAGCGCCCAAGAUCUCGGAGGAGGCUGUGAAGAAAGAAGAGGAAUUGGAUAAGUACCUGGAGACCCGUGUUGAGGAGCUUCUGGGGAACUGCGGGGAGGCAGGAGUCCCUGACCUGGUGUCUGUCCUGAGGAGCAUUGCCACAGAGAACAUCCCCAACCUUCCACCUGGCGGAGGCCUGGCCAGCAAACGGAGUGUGAUCGAGGCGGUGUACAACAAGCUGAACCCUCACAGAGAAGAGGAAGGGGCCUGUGCGGGGGGAGAGGAGGAGAGUGAGGAGGGAGGUGGCAGCACGGCGGCUCAUCUGCUGGAGGCUCUGCGGCAGUUCCGCCUGCACCACCGGGGGCAGUACCACUCGGUGCUGGAGGAGUCCCUGGCCGCCUACACACUGCGAGGGGAGAGCACUGUGGAGGGAGCGGGGGAGGGCAGGAGGACCUCAGGCGACGACCACAACAACGGAGGCCAGCAGCAGACCGCCUCCCCUCCCUCUCCCCCCUCGCCCCCGCCCUCACCUGCCACUGCAGAGCCGGAGGCUAGCCGAGAUGCGCCCGCCCCCGAGUCCGGUCCCUCCUCUGACUGAGCACCCCGUCCCCCGUCCCCCGUCCCCCGUCCCCGUCCGCAUACCUUACCCGACCCUAGAGCUCUAGUCAGAUGUGCUGUGACCUCUCCUCCUCUUUCCUUCAUCGCAGAACUUGAAUAGACACAUCAGCCUCUUCCGGCUCCACCGUGGUCUGCGUCUUACAGCUACCAUGUUCAUUCGUGAAUAUUUUAGGAAUGCAAAGGAAACAAAGAAAAUGGCCGUUCUGUCUAUUCAAGUUCUGUCUCCGAGCCACAUAUAUACCUUUCAACAAGGACGCUUUCUUUCCCCUGUCCUCGGCUUGGAUUCCCAAACUUGCCGGCCACUUUUACCACCUGACCACACAGACUGAUGUUUACAAUAGAAAAUAUUCAUUAGCAAAUUAUUAUUACAUGUAAAAGUGGCUGGUGAAGCAAAAAUAAACCUUGCACUCCAUGGCCUACAUUUACCAGUAUUGGCUCCUGGCUGAUUUCCCACUUGAACCCACCUCCCUCCCUCACUCCCUCCCUCCCUCUCCCCCUGCCUCCCUCAGCCUCACCCCCUCCCACACCUGCUUACAGUGGACGAACUGACAAAGAAAAGGAGACCCUAUGAACUGCAGCUGUGUUCAACUCGCUGCACGGUCUCCAGGCCUCCUCCAUCUACAAACUCAGAACACACUCUUUUGCGUAUAUGUGUGUCUGUGUGUGUCUUUGUCUGCGUCUGCAUGCGUUUGAGUGAUGGAGAAUGAGACAAAUCAUUUGUGUAGGGGGGUCGGUGGGGGUAUACUUUGAGCGUCAUUACAUUUAAAUCAUUCCCUCACCACCACAUGCCUAUUUCUGCAUCACCACAUUUUAGUAAGCUGCCUCACAGUCGACACAACAUGUGUUCCUGGUUGUUGUUAUUCAGGAAGAUGGUGGCGCCACACGAAAAGUCAUAUUGUUUCCAAAAUCCAAAGGGUUUAUCAUUUAUACAGUUUGUUUGAUUGUGUGACGUGGCUCAACUUCUGUGUCGGCUGUAUCAGUGCUGGCUGUUAACUGCUGUUGUUGGCAAAUCACAGCUACGGUUAGCAUAGCAUUACAGUUAGCACAGCUCCGCUCCAUAAAGAUCCUUCCAUAGAAACACUCAGGGAAGUGGCUCUGCUCUUUAGCGCAGGCUGGAAGCUUAAACAGACGUAUAUGUUUUUGCCAAAACAACCAAUUAGUCUUUAUUCUCGCAUGACGACGCCAGCUGUUUUGAGCUAAAUAGAAAUGUCAUUUAUAACACGCUAUCAUUUGCAUUCAUCUCAAAGCACAAUAUUCUGAUAUAGUACAUUGUAGGCAGAGGCAAGUCAAACUGUGUAGAGCUGAACCUGAGAACUUUACUAUAGAUAUGAGUACUUGACUUUCUUUAGGCAACAAUAUGGCUAUUUCUUUUUUGGCCACACCCUCCGGCUAACCCUUUGUUUUUCUUUCAAAACAUGCAGCUGACAUUACAUCCCCGAAGUCAAACUGCUGACAGCAUUGAAUUCUACUGUAGGCGUUCAACGUCCAACGUCUGGUCGUCUACACCAGCACAACAGUGUGUUCUGUGUGUCUGUCCACAGUAAUAAAAGAAGUGUUAGUGAACCAGGUUUCCAUAAAGUUCCUGCUGCUCAUGCCGACAGCCGCUGCUGUUAACCGCGGCAGGAUGUGUUUCAGCUUGAUUAGAAUCCCACACACACCGUACAUUUCAUUCCUCAUUGGUUAUGACACCGACAAACAGAAACUCUUGCCUCAUUGGGGAAAGUUUGAUUUAUAUCUAGACUGAACCAGCAGUGUUCAUUCUUCCUCUUUGAAAGGAAGGGAAUAAAGCCCAGGACCCAAUGACCCUGGUAAUGCAUGCACUGCACUUAUCUUUUCAAUAUCUACGGCACUUAACUAUCAGAAGGGAGGUUAUGCUAAACACUGCGAGUGUGUGUGUACGUAUGUUUGUGUGAGUGUAUGUAUGAGUUGUAUUUGUAUGCGGUUACGUGGGCCAAAUCAGUCCCAUACAGUUAAAAAUGACAAAUGAACAAAAUAAAGAUGAUUUGAGGUAUAAUGCAAUGAUUUGUGUCAAGUGUAUGAGUAUCUCUCACUGCAGUCCGACUGUGUUUCUUGUUUAUUGGUCCCGUCAAAUGUGUAGAUCAGGGUUGUGAUGAGGGAUGCAAAGAUGCAUUAAAGUCCCAGACAGACUCCCAGAUAAAGUGGUGGACGUUGAUACAGGACCGUUCCCUGCAGUCUCUGCUAUAUUUAAUGUGUUGUAUCUGUUUUCUGUGUAGGCUGUGACGUUUGCAGCUCAAGCACAAAACAAGUCCUUGCCUUCUCUACCCUCCUCUGUCAGCUUUUAGCUCUAUAGCCGCGUCUUGUCAUUUCACCUCAGCUGCUUAAAGACAUUUUAAUCUUUCGUCUCCUUUUU